AUGGAAAGUGAAGGUGAUGAAAAGAGUUGGGCAGCCGAGGUUAGACCAGAGAAAGGGGUGGAGAAACCUAGUGAGGCCAGGGAGAAGACUAUGGUAGGUCGGAUUAAGGACAUUCAGGCGGAGCUCAACUUCACGCAAGGUAUUGUGGUUCCGAGCGAUGGGAGAAGCGGCGGCCUCGCAUCGCUAUGGAAGGAAGGCACAGAUGUAACUUUUAAAAGUUGCUCGAACACGCAUAUAGAUGUGGUUGUCUGUGAGAGCUCGGCGUCAAUUCCUUGGAGGGCAACGGGCUUUUAUGGACAACCCAAGACUGAGAAGCGCUAUAUAUCGUGGCAACUGUUGGAUACGUUGAAUGCUCAAUGCGAUAUGCCGUGGAUCGUAUUCGGCGAUUUCAACAAGAUUGUCCAUCCUAGCAAAAAAUCAGGUGGGCAAGAAAGAGAUGUGAAGCAAAUGGAAAGGUUCAGAUAUUGUUUGAGCCGAUGUGGGUUAGUGGAUAUGGGCUUUGUGGGGCAGCGAUUCACAUGGUGUAAUGGGCGCAGUGGAGAUCAAAGAACUAAACUAAGGCUUGAUCGGAUGGUUGCUAAUGAAGAGUGGAUGUCUAUGUUCCCAGAGGCAAGUGUUUUUCAUUGUUCAAUGUCGAUUUCAGAUCAUUGUUUGCUGGCUUUGUCUCUCAAACGAAGACAACCAAGAAAGCCCAUGGGGAAGCGUUUUAUGUUUGAGGCUAUGUGGACGAGGGAAGAUGGUUGUAGGGACAUUAUUGAGGCAGCAUGGGAUCCACUUGAGAAUAGUGCAGUGCAUUCCAUCUUAGACAAAUUGAAGAAGUGUCAAGACCAUCUUCAGAGGUGGAAUUGGAGGGUGUAUGGGAAUGUAAACAAAGUCCUUAGGCAGAAACAAUCAAAAUUUCAGCAAUUAGAAGUGUCAGAAUGCACUAAUGAAAAGGUAGAGGUGAUUCGGAAUCUAGAGGCAGAAAUAAACGAGGUUUUAUUAAGGGAGGAAAUUAUGUGGAAUCAAAGGUCUAGAGCGCUCCAGAUUAAAUGGGGAGACCGCAAUACAAAGUUUUUUCACGCCACGGCCAGCCAAAGGCGGAGGAAGAACAGGAUUUUGGGGUUGAACGAUUUUGAAGGGGUGUGGCAGGAAGAUCAGGGGAUAGUUGAAGGCAUAAUACUGGACUACUUUGAGGCCAUUUUUAUGUUUGACCAUCCAACCAACUUCGAAGCAAGUCUAAGCGCAAUCAACAGCCGAGUCUUAACUGAAAUGAAUGAGGAACUGGUUGCGGAAUUCAAGCCUGAUGAAAUAAGGGCAGCACUUAAACAAAUGCACCUAACAAAGUCCCAGGGUUCGGACGAUAACGUGCUAGUGGCGUUCGGAACAAUGCAUAGUAUUGAUCUUAGGAGGAAAGGAAAGGAAACCCUCAUGGCCAUAAAGCUAGACAUGAGCAAGGCCUACGAUAGGGUAGAAUAG